AUGGUCUCAUUUGGCAGCACCAUUGCACGGCUGGCGUAUGUAGGACUCAAUGGCGGCCCGGUCGAACACGGCCAGCAUGGGUUCGCCCUGGCGCGCAUGGGGCAGGACCAGGGUGCGGUCGAGGCUGGCGGCGAGGACAUGGUCGGAGAACGGGCGGACUCUCCGCAGGGCCAGCUUUUGCUGGGGCGCCGGCCAUGUCCCAUGUUCAUGGAAGUGUUCAACCGCCAAAUGGCAGUGACCAAGGCCAGUGAGGCCAACGUCACCACGAGCAGCCUAUGA